AUGGCGGCGUCAAGUGGGGCAGGCACUGGUGGAGGUGGCGGAGAGGCAGGUGGCAGGGGCGAACCCCGCGGAGCGGAGGUCCGGGCUGCUGGAGCCCCGGGUCGGGGCGUGACCGUCAUCCAGAAAGGCGGAGCCCAGAUAGAUGUUUGGAUUGAUCCUUUGCAACCCAUCCGGCAAGAGAGCAGAAGGUUUUCAUCCUUCUGUAAGCUGUCACCAUGACCCUGACAAAAGGUUCCUUCACCUACUCCAGUGGGGAGGAGUAUCGUGGCGAGUGGAAGGAGGGCCGCAGACAUGGUUUUGGUCAGCUGAUGUUUGCAGAUGGUGGCACUUAUCUGGGUCAUUUUGAGAAUGGGCUCUUUAAUGGCUUUGGGGUACUGACCUUCUCAGAUGGCUCAAGGUAUGAGGGGGAGUUUGCCCAGGGCAAGUUUCACGGCGUCGGAGUCUUCAUUCGACACGACAACAUGACCUUUGCGGGGGAAUUUAAAAAUGGCAGAGUAGAUGGUUUUGGCCUGCUGACUUUCCCCGAUGGUUCUCAUGGAAUACCCCAUAACGAAGGUCUGUUUGAGAACAAUAAGCUGCUGCGGCGUGAGAAGUGUGCCACGGUCGUUCAGCGGGCCCAGAGUGCCUCCAAGUCAGCCAGAAGCCUCACUGCCUGAUGGGGUGACCCGUAUCGGUAAAGCAGACGCCCCACUAUUCACUCGAGGUGAAGAAAUGAAUCAGAUGUGAGAGGAGACACGAAUGACCUUGGCGCAGAACCGUCUGCCGUGUCCCAUCACCUGCCAGUCAGGGGUCACAGAGAAGUUCUAAGAACUCUGGCCCCCAGGCCCUGCAGCAGUGAUUACCACUUGUGUCUUUCCUUGUCUCACUUGUUGGUACGCUCUGUCCCUAACACCCUGGCUUAUCCAGUGCAGACCUGCGCUGCCUGCUACUUCAUUUCCUGCCGGGUGAUACAGAACCUCUACAUUCUGCCUAUCUUUGGGGCAGGCAAUCCUAGUUCCAAAUUAGGGCCAGUGCUGUGUGCUACCCUGGAGAAAUAAGGAAAAAGAUAGGGGUGGCUUAGACAGGACAGCAGUCCCGUGGAAGUCAAGGCCGCAGCUUCUCUGUAUGUCCCCCUUCAUUCGCUGCUGGUUGGCAUUAUGGCUCCAGAUCCACUGUGUCUGACCAGACUAGUACGUGUGUGGGCUCAUUCCCCCUGUGAAGGAUUCUGUGAAAGUGCUGUUUCCCUCUCCUUGACUUUGCCAGCUGUCUUCCUUACCUGAGUUCCAGCAGAUACUCCCCAUUUGUGCCUCUCUCCUUCCUUAGGUAUGGGACAGGAUUCCUUUAUGGGAUAGUCAAGAAAGAAACUGAUGUAAACAGUCAUAACUUGUAUGUAUUACUUACUCCAGGGCAGACAUCUCUGAGCCAUUUCAGGCCCUACACGGAGUGAACUGUAUCCUUAGAGCUGACACAGCUCCUUCCCAGUGGACCAGUACUUGAUGUAGAAUUGGACCCAUCCUAGGACCAUAGUGAACUAAAAGAGCAUUUGGCUCCUUGCAUUUGGUUCACUGUCAUUCUUCCGCCACGAGCCUUGGCCAUCAGGCCUGGCGAUCAGAUCUUGCCGGACAGGAUCCCUGCACAGUCAUCACGGAGGCCCUCCAGUUACCCUGUGACCCAGACACGG